AGCCUGCAGGUCAAGCUCCUUUUGCAUCGCUGCUGCCUGGGAGCCCUGGAAGCCCCCGACUGCCCCUCUGCCCCGUCUCGCUCCCUGCGGUAGCUGAGCCGGUGGGAUCAUGGAGCUCAGGACCGUGGUGGCCACGGUGGAAAGUGGGGAGCAGGACACGAUCCUCAAGGUGCUGCAGAUCUACAACCAGGAGAAGUCCCAGUGCUUCACCUUUGACGAUGAGGAGCGGGAAGAGAGGAAGAAAAUGGCCCAGCUGUUGAUCCGGUUCCUGGAAAGAGAGCUGCAGCCGUCCUGCCAGGUGGCGUGCUUGGAGAGCAUCCGCAUCCUGUCCCGGGACAAGUUCUGCCUUGACCCCUUCACCACCAAAGAAGGCUUGAAGACCCUCUCCAGGCACGCUGGCAUCGAUUACUCGGAGGAGCUCAUCCGGGAGGUCCCAGACUUGGAUGUCAUCCUGGAAUCCCUCAAAUGUCUCUGCAACAUUGUCUUCAGCAGCCCCAGGGCGCAGGAACUGACGGCCGAAGCCCGGCUGGUGGUGGGCCUGGCCAAGCGCAUCAAGCUGUACAACGAGAGGAGCCUUCCCCACGAGGUCAAGUUCUUUGACUUGCGCCUGCUGUUCCUUUUUUCGCUCAGGGUGGACAUCCGUCAGCAGCUGGCCCAGGAGCUCAGGGGCAUCAGCCUGAUGACGGAUACCCUGGAGCUGACCCUCGGGGUGAAGUGGUUGGACCCCUACGAAGUCGCCACCGAGGAGGGACUUCUCCCACCUUUGCCUCGGCAGGAGACGGAGCGAGCUAUGGAGAUCCUGAAAGUGCUCUUCAACAUCACCUUUGACUCCAGCAAGAGGGAGGUGGACGAGGAAGACGCUGCUUUGUACCGGCACUUGGGUGCCCUCCUGCGCCACUGCCUCAUGAUCUCGGCUGACGGAGAGGACCGGACAGAGGAGUUCCACAGUCAUACAGUUAAUCUUUUGGGCAACCUGCCCCUGAAAUGCUUGGAUGUCCUCCUGACCCCGAAAGUCCGCCCAGGCUCGCUGGAGUACAUGGGGGUCAACAUGGAUGCAGUCAGCAUCCUGCUGGAUUUCCUCGAGCGACGCCUCGACAGGGGACACAAGCUGAAGGAGAGUCUGACCCCUGUGCUGAACCUGCUGACCGAGAGCGCCCGCGUGCACCGCCAGACGAGGAAGUUCCUGAAGGCGAAGGUGCUGCCUCCGCUCCGGGACGUGAGGAAUCGGCCGGAGGUGGGGAACUCGCUGCGGAACAAGCUGGUGCGUUUGAUGACCCACAUCGACACCGACGUGAAGCACUGUGCGGCGGAGUUCCUCUUCGUGCUCUGCAAGGAGAGCGUGUCACGGUUUGUGAAAUACACGGGCUACGGGAACGCGGCCGGGCUCCUAGCGGCGCGAGGUCUCAUGGCUGGUGGUCGAGAAGAGGGAGAGUACUCGGAAGAUGAAGACACGGACACUGAGGAGUACAAAGAGGCAAAACCCAACAUUAACCCUGUAACGGGGCGUGUGGAGGAGAAACUACCCAACCCCAUGGAAGGGAUGACUGAAGAGCAGAAGGAGUACGAAGCCAUGAAGUUAGUCAACAUGUUCGACAAAUUGUCCAGAGAGCAAGUCAUCCAGCCCAUGGGCAUCACGCCGAGCGGCAACCUGGCGCCCAUGGAGAACGCCAUCCGCGAUAUGGCCGACGAGAGGUCGUCGUCCGACUCGGACCUGGGGCUGGACUGAUCCGCACCUCCUGGCCCAGCCUCGGAGAGCUGGGCAGCCUCCGUCCGCGCGCCCUCCAACACCCGUGC